AUGAGAAAAUGGCUUCUUCAUUAUCGUGGCCCUCGCCUCUCUCCUCUUCCCCCGCCGAAUCUACGCCCUUCGCAUCACUUCUUCAGCACCGCAAAGGCGUAUCUCAAGGACAGCAGCGAUCCUCGCAUUCGGGACGUUGGGAGGCGCAUACAUGAUGAUUACGCUACUAUUCGCGAGAAUUACGGUAUGAUUGAAUCAAGCGCUCGUCUUCAAAAAGAAGUUGGCACAUUUACUGACACCACUACAGCAACACCGAAAUAUCCCAUUGUCCUAGCCCACGGCCUCCUCGGCUUCUCCGAGCUCAGAGUCUCAGCCCUCCUCCCGCCCAUCGAGUACUGGCACGGCAUCAAGCAGGCCCUCACGCAGAACAACUGCGCCGUCAUCACCGCGUCCGUCCCACCGUCGGGCUCCAUUGAGGAGCGCGCCGCCAAGCUCGCCGCCGACAUUGUCGCGCAAACCAGCAGAGACAAGCACGAGACCCCAACGGUAAACAUCAUCGCCCACAGCAUGGGCGGCCUCGACGCGCGCUACAUGAUCUCCCGGCUGAAACCCGUCCUGCAAAACGUCCGCGUCGCCUCGCUCGUGACAAUCGCCACGCCGCACCGCGGCAGCCCCUUUGCGGAUUACCUCGUCGAGCGCGGCGCCGGGCCGAUCCACCUGCCCCGGCUGUACAGCAUCAUUCGGCGCGCGGGGCUGGGGACCUCUGCGUUUGGCCAGCUGACGACGCGGUACAUGCGCGAGGAAUUCAACACAAAGGUCCUAGACGACGAGGCGGUCAGGUACUUUUCGUACGGGGCGGCGAUUGACGAGCCUUCCCUGCUGGGGGCGUUUCGGUUGCCGUACGGCGUGGUGGGCAGGGCAGAGGGGGAGAAUGAUGGGCUGGUGAGCGUGGAGAGCAGUCGAUGGGGAGUGUAUCGGGGAACGUUGAUGGGGGUGAGUCAUUUGGAUUUGAUCAAUUGGUCGAAUCGGGCGGCGUGGACGGUGAGGGAGUGGAUGGGGAUGAAGAGGACGUUUAAUGCGGUUGCGUUUUACCUGGAUGUGGCGGAUAUGCUGGCCAAGGAGGGAUUAUAG